AUGGUGAGCUCUGCUCAGCGUGGCGACAGAGAAUGUCAUGUGGUAGUACUGUUAGACGACGAUACGGUUGACUGGGACGAGGAGUACCCGCCACAAAUGGGCGAGGAAUAUAGUCAGACAGUUAACAGUACCGCCAUGUACAGGUUCUUUAAGUACAUCGAGAACAGAGACGUCGCCAAGCAGGUGCUGAAGGAUCGGGGCUUAAAGAAGAUACGGCUUGGAAUUGAAGGUUAG